ACAUAUUACACAAUCUUCAUGCCACCAUCCGUAUCCUAUAAAAGAUGAAAUGUUCUAAAUCCCUUCUUAGAUUUUUGAAACUCCUGAUUAGGCGAAGAUCAGCCAAUAUUCUUUCUAAUUCACUAAAUAUUGAAGAAACAAUCGGCGAAAUUACAUCAUAAUGUCAAAGAUGUUGAUGAUUGCUCUGUGUUUUGCCGCAUGUCUACUCGGCGGUAAUGCCAUACACACUGUCCCACAACUUCAGGCAGAGGCGUACAUUGGCAGAUGGUAUCAGGUGUAUACUAACUUUUGGGCUGAUCUCUUCUCGAACAUUUUCGAACCAGACUGCGUAACAGCUGACUACGCUCUUUUGAACAGUACCUACGUGUCUGUGUAUAACGCCAAUUGGCGUUUUGAUGAAAACCGUACCGAUGAUAUCAGUGGCUAUGCAUACAUCGUCGAUGUCAAUGAUCCCGGUAAACUCAAGGUCGUACUCGAUGGCGUUCCCGUAGAAGGAGAUUAUUGGAUUUUCAAGCUCGGUCCGAUCAUCGAGGGUCAAUACCAAUACAGCCUGAUCACCGACGGGGAAGCUGCCCGACAGUUAUUCGUCCUCGCCCGUGAUCCUGCAGAGUUUGCUGAGCUGUAUGACAAGGAGGUGAUGGAGUAUCUACCACUUCAGGGGUUCACAGGGCCACGCAAGGAACCUUACGCCAUCACGCACAAUGAUGACUGCGUAUACCCACCAAGAAACUAAGACGGUUUCUGCACAAAUAUGAGCGUCAUCAUUGCGUUUUCGCACUGGUUGAAGAACGCUUUCAAGAACAUAUAAAAUGUAAUGUCAAAUGCCCUUCAUGACAAAGAACAACCGAGAAGUCUUUGUCGAAAAUUGGUGAAUCAAGACGAAAGUUUUGUCCUGGACUCUGAACAAGCGACAUAAUUUUCGUCAGCUCCGAAACUUAGGACGAAACUGUUGUUCCGGUUCUCCAAAUUUAGACAAAGACCUCUCAGCUAUUCACUCUCAUUUUGACGGGCAUUUUAAAUAUAUUUACUGCGUUCUUGAAUUCGUUUUGCGGCCAAGUGCGAAAACUUACUAUUGUUAAACCCAAUAUCAAGGACAUGGUUUAGUUCAAACCGGAACUCUGAUGGGAUUUGGACUUCUUGUAUAAAGAAUGAAAAACUAAUGCGCCCCGUUUGACGUAUGUGCCAAUUUUACUUGAAUUUGAAUAUUGAUGAUGCAUUUUAUAUGUAUACAUUUUAUCAGUUGAUAAUUUAUCUUGUAUUCAAAAGAAUUUCCAUGUAUUAGAGCUUCCAACAGUUGCAGGUGAAUAAUGAAACAAGAUUAAUGGAACAUUGCAAGAGAAAUGUAUGUUUGUAUGAAACUAUACAACCUAUACUUAUUUUAAUAUUUAUUCAUGGUAUCAUUUACUGUAGUUUCCUCCAUUAUUUUGUUAGUGGUUUUCUUAAUUGAUUCGUUAUUAGUUUUUUCUUCGAUAAGAGUUCUUGUACAUAUUUUCUUAGAAUAUGUUUUUCAAUAUAAUUAUGUUCAUUUAUUUAUAUCCAUCUCAUAAUAUCUUUGCAAUUCCUUAUUUUCAUUAUAAAAUUUUUCAUGCAAUAUGUAAACCAGUGAAUAAAAGUGGUUUAAAAACAAAAUUAAUUUCUAACGUAUUUUCAUGUUUAUCUUUAAUAAAGAUUUCAUUGAAGUCAAUAGUAAAAUCAAAUUUUGUAAAGUGCGCAACGUUCUUCAAUUACCCCAUAAUACUAUGUAAAAACAAACGAAUGGGUUUAAUUCAUUGUGUUUUGACCAUAUUAAAAAUCUAAUAUUUAAACGUUGAAAAUUAUUAUCUCUAACUGAAUAGUUGAGGGAAAAAAAUAAACGUCUGCUCUCAUUGAUGUACUGAAUAACUUAAUGAAAUAUUAUUUGUAUGGUAGUAUUUUCGCAACUUAAACAUAAUUUUACAACAAAAUUAUAAAAACAUGAUAUCUUAUAAUCAAUGCAUCAGAAAAUAUCAUAUUGACCAUGUUUCAGGAUAAAUCAUGAAGAAUAAAAGCUACAAAAUAGUUCCUUGCUCGGCAUAGGAG